AUGGAGGUUGACAAGGAACAACAUGAGGAUAUCCCUGACUGUAAUACAAAAUAUGAGCUAGAUGAUGGAAACCAAGAAUAUGAUUCGCCUACAGAGAAUGGUGAAAAUAAAGACAUUCACUACAAUAGUCAAUCAGAUCCGGAAGAAGAAAUCCACAAAACAGUUCCUUCAAAAUUAGAUAAGAAGAGGGGCAUGACUCGAUUGCCAAAACUAAAGACUGAAUAUGUCAAUUCUGGUGGAAAAAAAACGUGUCAGCGUUAUUUUGAGGUUCAUGAAAGUGGAAAACAAUUUGUGAUGAAUAGACUUGGUAUUCUUCUACGGAAUUUCAGAAGAAAGUUGUAUGCAGAUUACAUCAAACCACAUCUAGGCGAUACCGAUAUGCUUGAAAAAAUCCUAGUUCGUUAUCGUUCACUAAUCACUGAACAAGAUGAUUGGAACAAAUUUGUGACUUAUACACAAUCUCAAGAGUUUAAUAAUGUGUCACAAAGGACUAUCAAAGCGAGAAAGAUGUCAAAGUAUGAUCAUCGGAUGGGACGAGGGGGGUAUACAACUCUUAGGAGGAAGUUGGUAAGCUACAUUGUAGCCAAUCAAGUGUAG